GGGAAAAGGCCGAGAUGGCGGCGCGGGAGGAGGCGCCGGGAGCGGCAGCGGGAGCGGGGCCGGGCCUGGAGCAGGAACCGGCAGCGAUGGCGGAACCGGCGCCGGGAGCGGGGACGGGAGCGGAAGUGGAGUCGGGAGCGGGGCCUGGAACGGUGGCGGAUCCCGGAGCGGGGCCUGGAGCGGUGGCGGAUCCCGGAGCGGGGUCGGGCCCGGAGCGGCCUGAACUGUGCUUUGAGGAGGAGGAGGUGCAGCACGAGGAGGAGCUCCUCAGGAACCCUGAGUGUCCCCAGUUGUCCCCAGCUGCCCGGCAGCGCGGGCCCCGGCCCCGCCUCAACCAGAUCUACGAGAGAGCCCUGAGGGAACUGCCCGGCAGUUACAAACUCUGGUACCAGUACCUGGCUCAGGUCACAGAUGUGACAGUGACAAUGACAAUGUUCCUGUUUCUAGUUACGAGCUGUGGUACCAGUACCUGCCGCAGCGCCGGGCGCAGGUCACAGAGGUGA